AUGCGGCUUAGCUGCAACGGCUGCCGCGUGCUGCGGAAGGGCUGCAGCGAGGACUGCAGCAUCCGCCCCUGCCUGCAGUGGAUCAAGAGCCCCGAGGCGCAGGCCAACGCCACCGUCUUCCUCGCCAAGUUCUACGGCCGCGCGGGGCUCAUGAACCUCAUCAACGCCGGCACGGACGACAGCCUCCGCCCCGGCAUCUUCCGCUCGCUCCUCUACGAGGCCUGCGGCCGGAUCGUCAACCCCAUAUACGGCUCCGUCGGCCUGCUCUGGUCCAACAACUGGCAGAUGUGCCAGGCCGCCGUCGAGGCCGUCCUCAGCGGCAAGCCCAUCGUCCAGGUCUCCUCCGAGGAUGCCGCCGCCGACCGGACACCGCCGCUCAAGGCGUACGACAUCCGCCACGUCUCCACCUCGCCAGCCGCCGACGGGAGGCUCCACAAGGUCGCCAAGCCGGGUCGCACCCGCUUCAAGCGCGCGUCCUCCGCCUCGUCCCACCACAACCCGUCCAGCGACUCCAACAACAAGCCCAAGCCCAAGCCGCAGCCUCAGACGCGGGCGCCCACGGCGGAGGAGGAGCUGGAUCGUCAACACCGCAAGGAGAUGGAGGAGGGCGCGUCCCAGCGUGCUCCGAGCCACGAAUCCUCCGACAGCCGACACGAGGACCCCGUGGAGCCACACUGCCAGCAAGAGGCGUCCGCAGACACGGAGGCCGAGGCGGGAUCGCACGUCAGCCAGGCGGAGCAGGAGCAGGAGCAGAGCACAGAGCCGGCCGCAGAGCACGCGGAGGAGGUCGAAAAGGAGGAGGACGAAGAACUAGCGCUCGAGCUUACGCUUGGAUUCGCUCCCGUCGCAGUACGGCCGGCCGGAUUUCACCUGAGCGUCCGGACCGCGGCGGAGCCGGCUUUCGUCGGGCUCCGGUUCCUCUAA